AUGGGAAUUCCAACUAAAGCUUACUGCGCUGUUGAAGAGGUUAAAGAGAAUGCCACACGGAAAAGCCAGAAGGUCUUUGUGCACGUGCCUUCACAGAUUGCGGCUGAUGAAGUUGAGGAAAUUGGCAUGCAACAUGGUCACAUACGUGAACUUUACCCCGUUACACUAUUACCUACGUUUUUACACUCGCCUCUUGAUUUGUCAAUAGGUGUUGAGCACUUGCUGAGGAAUCAUGUAUUUAACCUACUUCCGAAUCUCAACGUGGCUGAACUAUUUAAAGCUUUUGCCGAAGACGACGUUGAUCUGGAUAAUGUUAAUUACGAUGAUUCGGACACAGCCUCUAAAUUGCUGGAAACACAGCGCUACCUCGAUAUCAUGAAGAAAGUUGAAGAUGCUCUUGAGAAAAAGGGAUCUGAUAUGUCGAAUAGCAGUGACAUGGUUCUACAAGACUACCAGUUAAUAGUUGACUGCACAGCUUUGACAGUUGACAUUGAGAAUGAGAUUUCUAUCGUCCAUAAUUUUAUCCGAGACAACUACCGGUCGAAAUUCCCUGAGCUUCAAUCGCUUGUUUAUCACCCUAUCGAUUAUGCUCGACUAGUUAAAAAGAUCGGCAAUGAAACGGACCUGACCCUAGUCGACUUGAAUGGUUUACUACCCUCCGCCACUAUCAUGGUGGUUUCCAUCAUGGCUUCAACCACCGGAGGUAAACGACUUCCGGAGCAAGUCCUUCGAAACACCAUUGACGCGUGCGGCCGUUCUCUUGCUCUUGAUUCGUCACGGAAAAAGGUGCUUUAUUUUCUGGAGACUAGAAUGGGACAUAUUGCACCGAAUCUUUCUGCUAUUGUGGGGAGCGCAGUUGCGGCCAAAAUUAUGGUGGCUGCUGGUGGUUUAUCACCAUUGGCUAACCUGCCUUCUUGCACUGUCCCGCUACUCGGUGCUAAGAAAACAAACUUGGCAGGUUUUUCUACCGCGACAACAUCUCAGUUUCGUGUGGGCUAUAUUGAAGAAACAGACAUUUUUCAGAGUACACCCCCUUCUCUGAGGAUGGGCGCCUGCCGGUUACUGGCUGGAAAAUCAAUGCUCGCGGCACGCAUAGAUUCCGUCAGGGGACAUCCAACUGGUAAUAGAGGGAGAGCCCUUCGCGAUAAGAUCCACAAAACAAUUGAAAUGUGGCAAGAGCCACCACCAGCAAAGUGUCCUAAACCGCUUUUGGUUCCUGAUUGUAAGCCCAAGAAGAAGAGGGGCGGCCGGCGGUUGAGGAGGAUGAAGCAAAGGUAUGCUACUACGGACAUGAGGAAGAUGGCAAAUAGGAUUCAGUUUGGAGUAGCGGAAGAAACUUAUUUAGGUGAUGGACUUGGAGAAGUACAUGGUAUGCUUGGUCAGGCGUUGCGUGUAUCAGCUGCUAAGAGCAAGCUAAAUUAGCUAAGAAGUAGGUUUACUUUUUGCAACUCUUUGUAGUUUUUUGUUAGUCAUC